AUGGACAUUAAUCAAGAUGGGAAACUAUGCUUUGAGGAGCUGAAACUCGGUUUGCAUAAGCUCGGCCACCAAAUUUCAGAUUCAGACAUUCAGAUAUUAAUGGAAGCAGCUGAUGUCAAUGGAAGCGGUACCUUAGAAUACGGAGAAUUUGUUGCUGUCUCAAUCCACUUGCGCAAGAUUGGAAACGAUGAACACCUGCACAGAGCCUUCUCAUACUUCGAUCUGAACAAGAGUGGAUACAUAGAAAUUGAAGAACUCAGUGAUUCCUUAGCUGACGACUUGGGUCCAAACCGAGAAGAAGUUAUUAAUGCAAUCAUCCAUGAUGUCGACACAGAUAAGGUCAGAAAUUUAAGUCUUCUGUCCAUGAACCAUUCAUCUGCUUUAUACUUUUGUCUGCGGACAUCAAUAGUUUACGAAAAUAUGGCUGCAUUUGCAAUUAUAACAACAUCAGCUGACAAUGGACGUCUUUCAUCACAGGAUGGUUAA